CGGAAACAAAGUAAGGACACUAUUGGGUUCCGCGUCGAGAAGGCUAAAUAUUUAACUGGCAAUUCAUGGGAAGAUAACUGGGUACGAGAAUACGUGAUAUUUUAGGGGUUAAAAGCCUAGCUGUCUUUUUGUAACAUAAGUAGCCAUAUAACUGGUGUGUGUAGCAGGAAUAAUGUUCAUAUUUUAAGUUUGUGAUGGAAAACAAGGAAGGGUCGCCGUUUCGGAUUAGGUCGACAGUCCUAGCGCUGAGCUCCGCUCUACGCGGAGAGCUGGACAGUGUUGCCGAUGAUGGGCAUACCGGGCUGAGGAGCACGCAUGAGCCAGAAAAGCUAUGGUUUAAGGAAAGUAGCGCAAAGAAUCUUCGAAAUCGGGAUUUCCUAUCACCCACAACCGUACUGACCACACUAUUCAGGGACGGAAAGGUUCCUCCUGAUGUGAUGGACAGAAUUCUGUCCACCCACAGUGAUGGGGUAUUGCCCAUUGCGGGGGGUGAGGUGAUAGAGGAAGGGCUUAGGUUGCGAAUUGACCGUGUAGCCACUUUUCAGGAUGUGUUGUGUAGAACCUCUAAGUAUGUACAACCCUCCUGUAAUAAACAGGUAGGUGUGGUACUGAAUUGUCCAACUCUGCACCAGAGACCAAGUAUGCUCACCCCUGACUCCCUGACCCUGGGGCAACUACGGACACUGCUGCUGGCUGAUCAUCUGGGUGCACUGUUGCAGAGGCAGGGGUACUCUGUCUCCUACUGUCCUGUCCUACCAGAGGGGUGUGAAAUCAUUGUCUUCCUAAAAUUACUAGGCAUAGAUUGGUCAACAGUACCUGCCAGCUCUACUAAUGACCAGAGAGAAGAGGAGCUCUGGGAGGCCUUGCUAAAUUCCCCAUACAGAGAGAGAGAACAAGAGACGGAGAAAGAGAAGAGCAGCAGUCAAGGAAAGGGGAUGGUGAACGGGAGGAGUGGGGAGGAAAAUGUGGCUGUGAAGAUAAACCUGAAAAGAGUAGUUGAGGAGAAGAGGCUGCAAGGAUAUGACCCCAACUUGGGCACCUGCACUGUGCCAAGAGACAGUGUGCUUCAGCUGGCUGAACUGCAGAGAGCUGCGUUGGGCUUCCAGGUCCCUGUGGCAGCCGUUUUCCAUGUCACCUGCUGUCAGGAUGAGUUCCGUCAGCAACAGAUGGCUGUGCUUUGGAGAGCAGGUGGUGCCACGUUCACACAGAAACACCUGGUUUGUGGACAAGUAAAGACCCCUGGGACUCAGCUAAGUGCGGCCCAGUAUAUCCAGUUAAGAAGAAUGCAGAUGAAAGAGGCAUCUGAGAUGAAGUAUGGAGAGCAAGUUGAAGGGCAGACUUGGGAUGAGAUCAUCAGGGUCAUGACCUCUGCCACAGUGAGGUUUGAGCUGUUGUCUACAGCUCACACAAGUCCAGUGACCCUGGAUGUACAGAGGGAAGGGGGUGUGUCCACCAAGGGACCAAGAGGUGGAGUCUUCAUUAUGUACAACUGCGCCCGGCUACACACACUUUUCAACAGCUACGAGCGAGCGGUGGAGCAAGGACUUUACCCAGAAAUCCCUGACGGGUCUCAGCUGGAUUUCUCUGCAUUGAAGGAAGAGGGAGAGUGGCUUCUGCUAUUUAAUUACCUCAUCCCGUUUUCUGAAUUACUGGACCAAUCGGGACAAGCUCUGGAGCACAGGGGAGAAGGGGCGAGAGCAACGCUGAAAACAGAGCAGGUCUGCAGGUUCUUGGUUUCUCUCAGUAAGGAUUUCAGCUCCUACUACAACAGAGUUCACGUCCUUGGGGAGCCGAUGCCUCACCUCUUCAACCAAAUGUUUUGCCGCCUGCAGCUACUAAGAGCGCUUCGUGAACUGUACCACCGUGCCCUGGACACCCUCCACAUACCACCAAUACCCCAGCUAUAGCUCCUCCACAUACUGCUGAUAUUCCUGCUCUGCUUUAGGCUCUCUGCUUACCUCCUAUACCCCAGCUAAAAACCUACACGCAUCACCUAUACCCCAGCUAAAAGUCUACACGCAUCACCUGUACCCCAGCUAAAAACCUACACACAGCACCUAUACCCCAGCUAAAAACCAACACACAUUACCUGUACCAUAGCUAAAAACAUAUACACAGCAUCUAUACCCCAUCUGAAAACCCACACGCAUCACCUAUACCCCAGCUAAAAACCUACACACAGCACCUAUACCCCAGCUUAAAACCUACACACAGCACCUAUACCCCAGCUAAAAGCCUACAAGCAUCACCUGUACCCCAGCUGAAAACCUAAACACAGCAUCUAUACCCCAAGUAAAAACCUACACACAUUACCUGUACCCCAGCUAAAAACAUAUACACAGCAUCUAUACCCCAUCUAAAAACCUGCACGCAUCACCUAUACUCCAGCUAAAAACCUACACCCAGCACCUAUACCCCAGCUUAAAAUCUACACACAGCAUCUAUACCCGAGCUAAAAACCUAAAGCCCCAAUACACAGCACCCAUACUCCAGCUAAAGCCCCUAUACUGUACACAGCAGUCCUAUACAUGCCAUUACAGUACCCACUCAGCAGCCUCUCUAGCUUCCACCAAUGCCCAGGCUAUAUCCUUGCUUCUUGACUCUGUCUCAUUGACCUGCCUUGAAAACCACAGCUAUAGCAAAUAUACCUGCAACCAGUAUCUAAGCUAUCUCCACACCAUCCAACCCUAUACUUCCAAUAUUGAUGGUAGGAAGAUGAAUCUCUUUUAGGGACAGUUGAUGGCACAUAGACACUGCCCCAUCGACAGAUACUGCCCCGUGCCAUAAGUACUUACCCUGUGCCAUAGUUACUGCCUGCGGUUUAGGCACUGACCGUGUGUAUUUUAGUGCAUCGAUACAGUGAGCUACGGUGUGUAUCACACACAGUCAUACAUGCACACACAUACACACGCACCUUUGCUGCAUGCACACACACACUGAAUUGCACUCUCGUAGUGUUAUGCAUUUUUAAAAGACUAUAUUGCCAUAUUUUACACAAAUGCAAACCAGCGUCCAAUAAAUUAUUGUUUACCUCCA